AGUUAUGAAAAAUGUUUAGAAACAGACAUUUGUGCAGAAUCAAAAGAACCCUACGCGAAGCUCGAAAAGCACAAGUGUAGGGGCCUUACUACGCAUUGAUUCACUCAGGAUGCUUUAACUAGGUCAGUAAUGGGAGGAAUUGAGCAAGCUCUAUAAGAUUUCUAUGGCUGAUCAAGUCCCAGUAGUUGGGAAAGAGAAGGCGCAUUCUUCUGCUCUUAGUCCAACACUCUUGUGAAAGUAGCUAAACCUCCAAUCCAUCAUGCCUUCGGCCUGGCAUGUGCUUGUGAAAAAAGAUAAAAUCAUCAUUAUAUUAUAUAAUUGUCCUUCAUGAAUAAAAAGCUGUUUGUUUGUUAUUUGGAUCCACUUCACUAAUGUGACCCAUCACCAUGCUCUGACAAGUUCAGGUGGGAUUGGUUAGCACCAAGGAAGCAUCAAAUCAACUCGUUGGGAUGGGAUUCCUUGAGCAAUCACGCUCAUGCAUAGGCCAUAAAAGAUCAAGGGUCCUAUAUUAAUUAUCACGAAACGUGCAAGUCCUUUUAUGGUAUUGGUGUGGGAUCGAAGAGACAUGCCAGUACUUUUUGGGGAAAAAGGAACGAAGCAUUUAUGUGGUUGGAAGAAGGACACGAGACCAAAUGAAGGAACCAAACCGUAUAUGCCAAUGGGCUGGUUUCUCAAGAAAAAUUAGUAUUAGUAUUGUGCCAAGACGCAAGUGAUGAAGGGUAUUCCUUCCUUGCAGUUGCAGUUGCAUUCCUAUAAUUCCAGCUAAACAAUAUACACGAUGGCAAUUGAAGCUCCCACUCAUGUGCUUCUGGUGUCCUUCCCAGUCCAAGGGAACAUUAACCCCUUGCUCAGACUAGGCAAGAGACUCGCUGCCCAGGGUAUGCUUGUCACUUUCUCUACAACAGAAACCAUUGGAAAAGAUAUGCGAAAAGCCAAUGAUAUCACUGACCAAGCCACUCCAGUGGGAGAUGGUUUUAUAAGGUUUGAUUUUUUUGAGGAUGGUUGGGAAGAGGAGGAUCCUAGGCGAAAAGAUCUUGACGAAUACUUGCCUCAGCUUGAGCUUGCUGGAAAGAAUGCACUUCAUCAAAUAAUCAAGAAACAUGCUCAUCAGGAUCGUCCAGUUUCAUGUCUUAUAAACAACCCCUUUGACCCAUGGGUUUGUGAUGUUGCCACCGAACUUGGCAUACCUAAUGCCGUCCUCUGGGUUCAGUCCUGUGCAGUCUUUUCGGCUUAUUAUCACUAUUACCAUAACCUAGUGCCUUUCCCAUCUGAAACCGAGCCCAAGAUUGAUGUUCAACUGCCCUGCAUGCCUCUUUUAAAAUACGAUGAGGUCCCUAACUUCUUGCACCCUUCUAGUCCAUUUCACAUUUUACGGAGGCUCAUCCUACGCCAGUUCAACAACUUAUCAAAACCAUUCUGCAUAUUGAUGGACACGUUCCAGCAGCUCGAGCCCGAGAUCAUUGAUUACAUGUCAAAGCUCUGCAUUAUCAAACCUGUUGGCCCCUUGUUCAAAAACCCAAAAGCAAUGCACACAAGUAUCCGUGGCGACUUUUUGAAAGCUGAUGAUUGCAUUGAGUGGCUCAACUCAAAGCCCCCAGCAUCCGUCGUAUACAUCUCCUUUGGCAGUACCGCCAACAUAGGACAAGCACAAGCGGAUGAGCUUGCAUACGGGCUCUUAAAUUCUGGAACAUCCUUUUUGUGGGUAAUGAAACCACCUCAUAAUGGUGCCCCUUUCAAGUUGCACGUUCUACCCAACGGUUUCAUGGAAAAAGUUGGGAAUAGAGGCAAGGUGAUACAAUGGAGUCUGCAAGAAGAGGUAUUAGCACACCCUUCAGUUGCGUGUUUCAUCACCCACUGUGGCUGGAACUCCUCUGUGGAAGCCCUCACCUUAGGCAUGCCUGUGGUGACAUUUCCUCAAUGGGGUGACCAGGUUACUAAUGCAAAGUUCUUGGUGGAUGUGUUUGGAAUGGGGGUGAGAUUAUCCCGUGGCCAAGCUGAAAACAGAUUGAUCUUGAGAGACGAGGUUGAGAAGUGCUUGCUGGAUGCAAUGGCGGGCCCCAAGGCAGUGGAAAUGAAGUAUAAUGCAUUGAAAUGGAAGAAGGCAGCAAAGGAGGCAGUAGCAGACAGUGGCACAUCCGACCAGAAUGUUAAAGCAUUUGCAGACGAGAUUAGGAAGAGAAGUACAGCUGUGACUUCCAAGUCUACCACUCAAUAACAGGAGACCAAUGUCGAUCCAAGAUGGUUCAUGGAUACAGCACAGGUCUUGUUUGGGCUUUCGAGUGUUAAGGAGAUAUGCGAAGAAUUUGUUUUUGGAAGCAUAUGAAUAAAGUUGCAGCAAGUGUUCUGGGAAUUAUGCCUACUUGUCCACAAACGGAAAUUAGAGUGGGUGUAACAUGUAAAGUAUUGCUAAACAUCCACUUGUGUCCCUUCAAAAUUAAUGUGGUUUUUAAAAUUACUAUUAAA